ACGGAAAUUUCAAAUUCCAGUCAAGUUUUCUUCUGCAACUCUUCUCCCUCUCUCUUUCUCUCUCUCUCUCUCUCUCUACCUGUUUCUUUUUGUACACGCUCCCUCGUCAAUCGUUCUGCUCAUAGUCAUAGAUUUGCAACGAAAACCAUGUAUUCUCAACAUUUCGUAGAUUUGCAAGGAGAUAACGAUUUCGUGGACCCCAAAUCGUUGUUCUCUUCCCCGACUCUCCGCCGGGCUCAGUCCCAACUCUCCGCUCACACUUCCACCUCCGCUGCCACCAUUGGAGCAGCUGGCACUGUCGAUCCUGUCCUAUACAACAAUCUAGUUGAGAUAUUCCCUCUUGUCGAGUCUCUCAUCGAUCGGAAAGCCAACAGUUCAUUUAUGCGUCGCGGUUCGAUGAUCUACACAAAGACGCCUUCCAGAGAUAAAAAGAUGAUUGAUCCAAAAGGGAGGUAUACAACUCAAUCUAUACCAGCAAAAAAGAAAAAGGAACACAGAGACAAGGACCAAAGCAAGCAUGCAGUUGAUAAUCAAGAUGCUGAUGGUGUCUCAAUCAGUUCCUCAAGGGAUUUGGCUACAGAAAAGGACUUAGAAGAGCUAGUCACGUUGAGGGAACAAGUUGAGGAUUUGCAGAGGAAGUUAUUGGAGAAAGAUGAACUUCUGAAAUCAGCUGAAAUUUCAAAGAACCAGAUAAAUGUUGUCCAUACCGAACUUGAUGAACUAAAACACCAGGCAACAGAGAAGGAUUCCUUAAUUAAGUCUACUCAACUACAACUCUACGACACAAAGAUAAAGCUAGCAGACAAACAGGCUGCCCUAGAAAAGAUACAGUGGGAAGCAAUGACAUCCAAUAGGAAAGUGGAGAAGCUCCAGGAAGACCUAGAUUCUCUCCAGGGAGACAUUUCAUCAUUCAUGAGGUUAUUUGAAGGGUUGGCAAACAGUGAUUCCACUAUAGAUGCUGAAGAUUAUGAUACCAAACCACGUUAUUUAGAUCCUCUUCCUGAUAUUGAUGAUUUUGAUGAGAAGGAGAUGCAAGAAAUGGAAGAAGCAAGACAAGCUUAUAUGAUAGCUGUCGCUGUGGCAAAGGAAAAGCAAGAUGAAGAGUCUAUUGCUGCUGCAGCUAGUGCAAGACUACGUCUUCAAUCUUGUGUUUUGAAAUCCAACAGUAGGAAUGCCGGUAAGGAUUUUAACAAUUCCGGGGAUUCACAAGCGUCUUAAUUCUUAUGGAGCGUUUGUACACUAGGUCCAACAACCCUUUGAUUAACAGGCUAAACCCUUUUAACACUCCUUCCUCUCUUUUCUUCUUCUGUUAUUAUUUGUUCCUUUGUUUAAUGGGUUGGUUAGUUUUGUUGUUUUAUAUCCACGUGUCAUAUUAUUUAUACAUGAUUUGUAUCCAUUGAAGGUGAAUCUUGCUAAUUUGUAAAGCACUUGGUUUACAUUGUUGUUUCA